GGAAGUCUGGAAGAGAGCACAAGUGAUCCAUUCGCCAUGAAAGUGUUCGUUGUUUUGGCUCUGGCUCUGGCCGCCGUCACCGCCGAGGUUGUCCAGCAGGUCCACCCCAAGGAUCUGCCCAAGGACACCAAGAUCAAUGGCCGCAUUGUGAACGGAUAUCCGGCCACCGAGGGCAAGGCUCCCUACACGGUGGGUCUUGGCUUCAGCGGCAACGGCGGCUGGUGGUGCGGUGGCUCGAUCAUCGCCAACGAUUGGGUGCUCACUGCUGCCCACUGCACCAACGACGCCAGUCAGGUGACCAUCUACUACGGAGCCACCUGGCGCACCAACGCCCAGUUCACCCACACCGUCGGCAGCGGCAACUUCAUCCAGAACCACAACUGGCCCAACGAGAACGGCAACGACAUCGCCCUGAUCCGCACCCCCCACGUGGACUUCUGGCACAUGGUCAACAAGGUGGAGCUGCCCAGCUUCAACGAUCGCUACAACAUGUACGACAACUGGUGGGCCGUCGCCUGCGGUUGGGGUCUGACCACCGCCGGCUCCCAGCCCGACUGGAUGGAGUGCGUCGACCUGCAGAUCAUCAGCAACUCCGAGUGCUCCCGCACCUAUGGUAACCAGCCCGAUGGCAUCCUCUGUGUGUCCACCUCCGGCGGCAAGUCCACCUGCUCCGGCGACUCUGGUGGACCCCUGGUCCUCCACGACGGCGGUCGACUGGUGGGAGUCACUUCCUGGGUCGCUGGCAACGGAUGCACCGCUGGCCUGCCCUCCGGAUUCACUCGUGUCACCAACCAGCUGGAUUGGAUCCGCGACAACUCCGGCGUCGCUUACUACUAAGCUCGAUUAUCACUUUUUUUAAAUAAAUGAAAUGCAUAAAAAA